AGUAAAUUUGGGAUUCAGAUUUUUCUCUAUUUGUUGUUCAUCUUGUGUUCACAAUAUUUCCUUUCACAUGGCUUCUUCCUCCUGCAGUUUUGAUGAAGAGGGAAUUGAGAAGAAAGAAGAGCCAACACCUUUGGAAAAACAUGUUAUGUUCUUUGAUAUUAACAAAGAUGGUGUCAUUUACCCAUGGGAAACUUAUAAAGGUUUUAGAAAAAUUGGCAGUGGUGUUCUCCUCUCAACAGUUGCUUCCCUUCUCAUUAAUAUUGGGCUCAGUGGCAAAACUCGACCUGGGAAGUGGCCAUCUCCACUAUUUCCUAUUGAGGUGAAGAACAUCAAAUUUGCCAAACAUGGGAGUGAUAGUGACAUCUAUGAUACUGAAGGAAGGUUCGUUCCUGAAAAAUUCGAGGAGUUAUUCAAGAAACAUGGACGAACAAACGCCAAUGCCUUAACCGGUGAGGAAUUAGAUGAAUUGCUCAAGGCAAACAAGCAACCCAAGGACUUUGCUGGACACAUUGCAGCUAAAUCAGAGUGGAAAAUACUUUAUCUCUUGUGCAAAGAUGAACAUGGCUUGUUACCUAAAGAGACAAUAAGGAGUGUGUAUGAUGGUAGCCUUUUUGAACAAAUGGCAAAGGAAAAGCAAUCCAAGAAACAUAGGGGUAAAUCAAAUUCCUAAAAGAUGCAGCAGUUUCCCUUUUCUACUUGUUCAGGUCAACUUUUGACUUUGUAUACAUAGAGUUGUGCUGUUUGUUGCUUUGUUUAAAGAAAAAAAGGAAAGAAGUGUUGAAUUUAUUCAAGUUCCAAUCGAUAUUUAGCAAUUUCACUUAUCGUUAGACUAUUGGUUUUGUAUUUAUUCAUGUUUAAUGUUAAGUUUGUUCAAUUAUUCUGGGUA